AUGAAGGAACUAGAAGAACGUGACUUUGAGGAGGAGGGUUCAGGAUCUACUGAUGGUGACAACGAUGAAAACGAUGAUCCACGCGUGUUUCAGCCAGUUGGUAAAAAAAAAAUCAUGAGCCACGAGAAAGCCCUGACUAUCAAAUCGUCAAUGGCACUCAGAAGCGUCGCCAACGCCAGUGUAAAGUUUGUUCGAACCGCAAGCGUCAUGUAG